GUGAGAACGGAGUUUCAACUACGGGCUAUAUACUGUAAAACUCUAUGCGGAGAGAACGGGCCUCACUCGGAACAGUUAAAUCGAUUAUGGAGUGUGCACCUCGAGGCAGCAACAUUACGGAGGGCAGGAUACCGAACCAGCCCAGCAAGCAGAUAUCAGCAUGGCCGAUACUCUACCCGAUAGCACUUCCCUUACGGCCCUCCCGGCGUUCCCCUCAUCCCCACUCCAAACGCUCCCACUCGAAGUCCUAGCCCACCUGAUAGCGUAUUUGGACGACCUAGAACCGCUCCGCCUCGCCUACUUACCAGCCCGCUCUCUCAUCGACGCCUCGCCUUCCGUAAGAGGACGAUGGCUAAUAACCAAGUUCGGAAGAGCCUUCGUACUUUUUCAUCCGCGAGUCGCGCAACUGCCUGCGCGGGUCUUUGAUGCACAGACGGUGGAGGCGCUGAUGAACCUCGGGGCAGGAUAUCAAUACACGCCGUUGUUUGGGAAAGACGGAAGUGAUGGGAGAUUAUUACCCAUUCAGGCCCUUCAAGCCCUCGCCGUGGCCGCCACAUCAAAAAUGGAAGACGGGAACAUGGAACUAAGAGAUCUAGAUCGAGAUCCCGACGGCGGCCCACCCUUUGAUAUCUGGAUGUGGGCAGUCCAAACCGCCAAAUCACCCUCCCUCAUCCACCGCCUCGUCCGCUCAGGCGCAGAUGUCAACUACAUGGACUCCUUCGCGGUCACCCACGCUGCGAAAGCACGGGACGCAGCGAUGUUGAGCAAGUUGGUGCUGGAAUUGGGCGCCAAGAUCCCCGUGGUGGGGAAGACCCCGUAUCGCCGUGACUCGUCGUUGAGGAGGUCGGCGGCGGCCGUGCAUCCGUUUGCGCCGUUUGUAAAUGAGUUGGUUGCGUGGUACCGCGCAGGGGGGCUGGUUAGGGUAGUUGAUCAGUGCAAUGAGGAGUAUAUAAUGAUCAUGGAGGCCCGGGCGCGCGCGUCGGAACGUGAAGCAGGGAUGAUGAACGACGGUGACGUUGUGUCGGCCACUGCUGUAGACUCGAACUCAAACGAAGACACAUUCCUCGUCCCCCUCCCAACCUUCGAAGAACGCCCACCCCUAUCUCCCCCACUCAUCCAACACCAAAAAUCCUUCUGGCACCGCAUCGGCCGCCACAAUCGCUUCGAUGUCCUCCGGCACGCCUCCAAACGCGCUCUGCAGUCGUCAUCCCCAUCUCCAUCUACCUCACCCUGGCACAUCACCCACUCCUCCGCCUGCUCCAUCUUUCUCGGCGCCGCCACCGCUGGGCAUCUCCCACUGUUAACAGAAAUGGUCCUCACCCACGCCGUCCCUAUCGACCACGGCUCUUCCCUCGCACUGUCCAACGCGGUCCGCCUCAUGCGGUCGGAUAUGCUACACGCGUGUCUGGCCCUCGGUGCGACGGUCCCACGGACGUCUGCGGUCCAAUUAGCAGCCGAAUUGGUCGGGUGGGCAUCCACACCCGCCAUCCUAGCCUUCUUGCAACGUGCGGAAAUGGGGGGUGCGAAGGGUGUCAUGACCUCGCACGAGUUCCUGACCGCGGUGGGGAGGUGUGGCCGUGCUGAUGUGGUGGAGGUAUUGGUGAGGGAGGCGAGGGAGGAGGUUCUGGUGCGGUAUGCGGACUUUGAGGCGGCGGUGAGGAGACGGCGCGGGGUGGUUGCUGUUGCUGCUGAGGGGGAUGGAUACGCCGUGUCGCCCACUUCGGCGGCGUCACAGUACACCCGUGGAUCACCCCACCGCCCACGGUUGAACCUCACCCCGCGCCACGCCACAACGCUCCUCCUCGGCGCGUCGGCCGGCGGACAUCUCGAGUUCAUCCGCGACCUCGUCGACAUCCACGGCGCACACCCUGUCGGCGGGAAGGCGUUUGCGGCCGUCAUGGAAGCGUGCCGAAGCGUCAAAGCCGCCGCCCCGGACGUGGUGGAGUUUUUGUUAUGUCGGUGGGUCGCCACCCGUGAUCUCGAUUCCGAGGGGGCGUGCACGACCGAUGAAGACGACGACUCCACACCCUCAAACAACAACAACGCGACGCCGCAUGACCAACACCCCCUCCAAACCUGCCUCCUCGAAUCCACCCGCUUCGCCGGCCUCGACAAACCCGCCCUCAUCUCCACCCUCCUCACCUACCUCCCCCCCGCCGGCUUCAUCCCGGUGUCGGCGGUGGCGACGCUGGAGGCGCUGAAGAGCUGGCAGUGGGAUGUCGCGCGGCAUCUCAGCGCGCAUGUUCUCGCCAUGCUUGUAGCCGGGGACAUGGGUGAUGGGGUCGUGGUGUUGCUUACGACCGCGGGCUAUGCCGGAGGGUGCAUUGCGACGGCGGUGAAGCAGCAAAAGCAGCAACAGAUGCAGACACCCCCGGUCCUAAUCUACAUCCCCGCCACCGCCCCGACCCUCGUCCUCGCGACCCAUCUCGUCCACCUCCGCCGUCGACACGAGUACGCGGCUUACGUGGUCUCGGCUUCGUCCACAGCGUCCCGUGCUUUCGAAAGCGCGAUGGCGGUGUAUAAGGUGGGGUUGGGCGGGAAUGUGGAUGUCGGUAUAUCGGGGCGGAGGUGAUCGAAAGACGUGCCAUUCAGACUUACUCGAUAUGUCAGGGCGGGCCUGGAAGGUCCAAAGUUUUUGGGAUGGGUUGUACAUACAUAUUUUUGGCGGUUGUGUGUAUGGAAUUUUUGGAACGGCUGUUACCGUUGUAUGUGCUUCAAUGUUCAUGUAACCAUAGGAUGCACUGUCGUUCGCAACCCAGUCCUCAUGUCAAG